CUUAAACAUGUAUUGCAGAAUGGUUCCCAUCUCUGGCAGCUUGCCUUGCAGAAACGCAAAGAAGGUCGGUGCCCUCUUGAGCCAGGUGAAGUUGCUGUGAUCCUACGUGCAAUGGGUUAUCCAAAAGAAACACAAAUUUAUGUAGCAUCUGGUCAAGUCUAUGGUGGCCAAAACCGUAUGGCUCCACUAAGAAAUAUGUUCCCAAAUUUGGUAACAAAGGAGGAUUUAGCAGGAAAAGAGGAACUAACAACCUUUAGAAAGCACGUAACAAGCCUCGCGGCUCUAGAUUUCUUGGUCUGCUUGAAAUCAGAUGUUUUUGUGAUGACACACGGUGGAAACUUUGCAAAACUGAUCAUUGGAGCGCGAAGAUAUAUGGGUCAUCGACAGAAAUCAAUCAAACCGGACAAAGGGUUGAUGUCGAAAUCAUUUGGGGAUCCUUACAUGGGAUGGGCAACUUUUGUUGAAGAUGUAAUUGUAACCCAUCAAACACGAACCGGUUUGCCAGAAGAAACUUUCCCUAACUAUGAUCUUUGGGAAAAUCCUCUCACUCCAUGCAUGUGUAAAGCUUGAUGAUGAUGCUUUUGUUUUGAUUUGAAAUGAGAUGAGUUUGGUCUGGAUUUUGUCUGAUGAUGAGGAGCAACAAACUAUAGAAAUCGGUAGUUUCUUUUUCUU